AUUCACCAACAUAUAUACGCUUCUUCUGUAUUUAUUUCUAUUUAAAAGAGUAUUGGUACCCCAUUGACGAUUUGCGCUUCGGAAACUACGUAAUGACGCAAGACCUCAGGAACUAUCCAGCUCAAAGUAAAACCUGUCUGUGGUUUCAUUCACGAUGGUGUUAGAAACUAUUUCGAGGAUCAUAAAAAUCCAGCUUCCAGCCUAUCUCAAAAAGCUCCCCCUUCCCGAGACGAUUGGAGGAUUUGCGAGGUUAACAGUCUCAGAGUGGCUUCGAUUGCUGCCUCUUCUUGGCAUUCUGGCAUUGCUGGGUUACCUCACCAUCCGUCCCUUCCUGCCCAAGAAGAAGAAGCAGAGGGACAGUCUGAUCAACCUGAAGAUCCAGAAGGAGAACCCCAAAGUGGUCAACGAGAUCGACAUUGAGGACCUGGAAAGCACAAACGUCUGCUACUGUCGCUGCUGGCGCUCAAAAACAUUUCCUGUUUGUGAUAAAUCACACAUAAAGCACAACGAAUUGACUGGAGACAAUGUGGGCCCUCUCAUACUCAAGAAGAAGAUUCGAUAAUUCAUCUUAAACACUGCAGUGGAGCCAACAUUUUUACUCCCUUCUUUUCUUGUUGCCUUUAGUUCUUUUAAUAAAAACACCUUUGCCUGUAUUUUAUUUCCUUUUUAUUUUUAAUUUUUUUCUCUAAGUCUCUAAUUUCUCUAACACAUGUUGAUAUGCAGCAUACUUUGCUUUUGGUUGAACAGCAGCAGGAAUGUUGGUGGCACAUUAAAGAUGCAUUCCAGGAUCCUAAGCACACUUAAUGUGGAUGGAUUUGUAGUGUGUCAGACAAAUUACUGGAUGUGAAAAAAAUAAACACACAAAAUGGAAGAUGUAGUACACAUAAAACGCAGAACGUUUUAGCUCAUGAUCAAAACUGACUACAACUGGCUGAAAUAUACAAACUUGUGUGCAUCUUUAACACAACGCUUUUUAAUUAAUCUUUAAGUUUGACUUUUUUCUGCCAAAUUGCCAAUAAUGUGCCAAAACUGAGGUAGGCUUUAAGCUUCUCUGUUGUAUAGCAUUUCAAACUUCGUGCUCAUUGUUGUUUCUGCAAGCUUUUCGUAUAGUGGUAAUUGUCCUGUCUGAUUUUAGCUCGCUCACUUUAGAAAAUGACAGUCCCUACCAAUUGGGACCACAUUGAGGGGAAAACUUGAAUUGUGAUAACUAAAGCAGAAACUAGCCAUUUGUGGUAGUAGUGUAUUGUCUUAAGACUUUAUGUGCCGUUUUUGGUCUCCUAAACUACUAGACUCUUUAAGUCUUUACCUGCAUACACUUCCAGGAUGUGAAAUAUAUUUAAAUUAUUGCAAACUUGUUUUUCUGCCAUUGAUGUUCAUAACCUUAUAAAACUUGCCUACAGUUGUGUUCAUAAUUUAUCCUUGUAUUCAAAAAAGAAUGUUAAGGAAUUUCAUAACAUAGCAGUAUCCUGUAUUGUAGAAUGACCCCCCCCCCCCCCCCCCCCCCAAACACACACAUACACUAAACCCAUGUUUUUUCCAGACCUAAAUAAUUAAGCAAUUUGAUGCUUCUACCUUUAACGUAUAGAACAUGUAUGGGGUCCAAAUGUCUCUGCAUCAGGACUAUUCAUUGAAGAAAUUUCAUAAUUAAUUAAACAACAUUUCUUUUA